AUGAAGGAAGAGAAAUUAGAAAAUGAAGAUAACUCAGCAGAACAACUAGAACAACUUGAAAGGUUAUUGUUAUCUAGAUUUGAUUUGGCUUCAUCAGAUCCUAUCCCAACUCAUUCGACACCAAAAGAACAAUCAAACAAACCUCAAGAUGACUCUAAGGAUCUUGUUCAGGAUCAAAAAUCUCUUCAAGUUUCAUUUAAGCUUUUAUCAACCGAUAAAUCACCUCAAUUGAUCAAUAUCCAAGCCGAAACCGUUACUCCAGAAGUUAAACCAGAAGUGGUCAUUUACCCAGAAAAAUCAAUCGAAUCAAAACGUAUUCUUGAUGUAGAUGAUGAGUCUAAAGAAGUAAAGAAGCUCAGACGAAAACAGAUUAAAUCUAUGGCAAUCGAUCAUAUCACCCUUCGUACACUCGCUGAACAGAUACCCAACCGACCAGGACCUCUGGUAGUGUCUUAUAGAACAAAAAAGAACCCCAAGAUCCCUGUUGAAUCGACUAAAACAGACUCAUCUCAUGAAACCGCUCUUGACCAGGAAAUAAAUCCAUCUGCAACUACAACUCCACGGAGAACUUACCUUGCUAAACUGGAUGCAAUUGUUCCUGAUGUGAAACCCAAGAAAAAUGAACCUCAAGUGGCCAAGAAGAGCUUGAAAGCAUCAAAGAACGCUACACAGGGUGAUCUCAAGCCAAAUCGAUCAAUGCUGACCUCCACCCAGAAACGAAAGAAUCGCCGAUCUAGACAGGCUUACCGUCGAACCCAACUGCAAGCCAUAGAUCAGAAGAUUGACCUGACUAUACCCAAGCUAGUAAAGAUGACUUAUAUCUAA